GUCUACUUCUACAUGCACAAUUCUCUAGAUCGAUAAAUCACAGAAUCACUCUUUUGAAGAUGAAGAAACAUCGCUACAUGGUCAGAAACGUUGAUGCAGUUCCGUCUCAUACAAAAAACGGAAUUGGUUUCAACUGCUUGUCUUCUAUCUCCGAUCGACAUGUUCAUCAUGUAAAGGUCGCUCCUCCCUUAGGCUCGAAACGUUUUCGUAACCCACGAAAAGUUUCUUUUAAACCCUCGAAACCGUCUCUUACCGUGAAGGUGUGGCGAUCUAAAUCGGAUCCGGUUCGUAAGGAACUGAAUCAAGAAGUAGAGUUGUUUGGUGGUUCGGUCACAAUGGGUGCUGCUCCGUCACCGAGACACGUGCCCAUUCCAAUUUUUUUGCGUCGGAGUAGCGGGAGGGUUAUAGAGUCUACAAAGCUAACGAUGACUUGA